AUGCAUACGUCAAAGCUCAAGCGGAAACUCGGGGACGCGGGGAUCGACACUUCAAGCAGGAAGGCAAACGAAAACUUCUGCUUGAUUGGUACACCGCUUCCACCUCUUGAAAAGUCGAAGGAUACUGGCGAGUUUGUACCACUAUGGAAACAAGAGGUCAGAGACGAGAAGGGUCGCCGUAGGCUACAUGGUGCCUUCACCGGGGGAUUCUCUGCAGGGUACUUCAACUCAGUCGGGUCGAAGGAAGGAUGGGCACCAUCAACGUUUGUCUCGUCUCGUUCCGAUCGAGCGAAAGGUCACCAAGCACGCCCCGAAGACUUCAUGGACGAGGAAGACCUCGCCGACAUCCGCGCGGACCAAAAGCUAGUCGAUGAGCACGACGAGAUGGACCUUGCAGCUGGGACGCAGGCAGAGUUAUCACGACGCGCGGCGGAUGCCGCAAACGAUAAAGACGCAAUAACCCUCGCCCUCGAAAACGCUCUCUUUCCCGCCCCUCAAGACUCUGCUGGCGCCCGCAUCCUCAAGAAAAUGGGUUGGCGCCCUGGCCACGGCAUCGGCCCCCGCCUCACAUGGCGCCAGCGGGAGUUCCUCUCUGGCCGCGACCCCGACGCACCGGGCGCAGACGCAGACGUGGAAGAAGAAGCGAAGAAACACCUCUAUCCGCGGCGCGACACACCUAUCAUUGCCCUCGGUCGCAAGGAGAACUCACAUGGGUUGGGGUACUCGCCCGGCGCGACUCUGAUGCAGAGUUUAGCGGCCGCGGACGGGAAGGCUGCGCAGAGGGAAAGUUCAAACAUCGCGGGCGGCUUCGGCCUUGGGGCACUGAAUGAUGCAGACGAGGACGAUUUCGACGUUUACGAUGCCGCCGCUGCGCACAGAGGAAGUCGGACUGCGUACGAUGCUUCAGACGCACACGAUGAAGAAAGAAUCAAUAUUAGUGGGAGAAGUAGCGGCCAUGGGAGUCAAAGUGCCGCACCGCCAAGCACACAGGCGUCUACCCUAAGUACGGGAAGAUUCCGCGAUGGUUCGGUCGUCCUCUCUGGGUUCGUCAUCGCAGAGAAACCUGUCUCAGAAGACAAAUGGUUCCCGUUCCCCAAGAUACCUUCGGACUGGGCACCGGAUCCUCGUAAAGUUUGGGAAGCGAAUAAGGUCACGUCGGAAAAGGAGAAUGCUGCUCCUCCCGCAGGUCCUCCGAAGGAUGUCCCGCACGCUCAGUGGAAGAAGGGGAUGAGUGCUGACGAGCGAGGUGCAGCCCUCGGAGAAAUCCAGCUCCCAUCGGCCCCGCGUUCCGUGUUCGAGUACAUGUCCCAGCGCGACCAAGAGCGUAUCAAGCGCGCCGCGGCGGCCACCACUCAAAAUGCCCAUCCUUCAGCGACCUCAUCCAAUUCCAUCCCCGUUUCCACCCGCAUCUCCUUUACUUCCACCUCCGCUGAACCCGGGCCUCCCGAACCCCCACGCAUCCCACCCACCGAAGCGCACAUUGCCCAAGCUGCCCUGCGCGGUUUCCAGCCCUUCGCGACUAACCCGAGCAGGAACGUGCGGUACACGGCGUACCUCCGUGCGCAUGCCGAACUACCAGAGUCGUCCGCCGCGAGCGCGGCGUACGCGUCGCUCGUACCUACGCCAGGGCAGACACCAGACGAUUUCGCACGGGAGAUGGCCGAGUACGCGCAGGCGGCUGCGCUGUUCCGACCCGUGCAGGGUGCGAUGGCGGGGAGGUUCACGAGUGCUGCUGCGCUUGAUCUGGGGCCGAAGAUCAUCGAGGGACUGCACACGCCCCAGGCGGAAGCUGAGGCGAAUGCGUCUGCGUCACCUGACGAAGACGAGCCGAUGAAGGAGGAAGAGAAGAAAGAGGAGGAUCCGAAGGUGCAUGCGGCCAAGCUCGGGAUGUAUGGCCCGCUCACGCGGACGACUCGCGCGUGGAUGCCUGCAAGGCUGCUUUGCAAACGUUUUGGCGUGCGCGAACCUGAGCUCGAUCCGUCGCUCGUCGCAUCCUCAUCAUCUGUUGCUCCGUCGGCGCCUCCUCCACAAGCAUCCUCGGCCGAUACAGAUGGUGCUGCUAAUGCUGGCGCUGAGCCUGAGACUGCAGCCGACAACCUGUCUGGCGAUGCAGGCAAUGCGGGAGGAGACGUAGGUGGAGACGUGCCGAAGAAACGGGACCUCGCAAACGUUGGGCUGGGAGAGGACGAUACGCAGGCGAGGGAUGUGUUGACGUACGAGCGACCGUCGAUGGAUAUCUUCAAGGCCAUCUUCGCCAGUGACGACGAGGAUGAUGGUGAUGACCCAGAUGACCCGCCAGAUCCCGACGAUGGACCCAAGGCUGCCGUAGCGUCGAACGGAGCUGAUCCCAGCCUUGGGGGAGGGAAACAGGAUACAGGCGAUGAAAGCCGGGGCGAAGUGCGUCGUCACGCAGACGACGUUCAAGGCAUUCGGGAGCACGUGGAUCUCGCAUCGUUUAAGCCGACGUUCGUACCUCGUGCGCAGAAGGAACCCAAGGAGAAGGGCAAGUCUUCCGAGAAGUCUAAGGACAGGAAAGAGCAGAAGGACAAGAAGGAGAAACGCGAUAAGGAAAAGAAAGACAAGAAGAGCAAGAAGUCGGGCCCGCUCGUUUCGUUCGAGCUGGAUGAAGACGGCGUUGAGGGCCUGUCGAUCGCGCCGAAGAAGUCGUCUGAGCGCGAAAGGGACAGGGACAGGGAACGGCCGCGGAAGAAGAAGCGCAAGGAGAAAGACGGAGAGGACGGGGAAGACAUGUGGGUGGAGAAGGCGCCUCCAGAGAUCGUGCGUGGGUUGGGGGCUGGGACCCAGCCUGAACCGCCAGAGGCAAUGGAUGUGGAUAGGCAGGCGGACGAUCCUGGGGCAGUGGGCCCGGCACGCGGAAGGAAACGCGCAGUAGACUUGUGGUGAUGU